UCGGAACAGUGGCAAGUGAAUACGCGGGUCGAUACCGCGCGUGCGCGGCGGCGGUAGCGGCGGCAGUGUCGGCGCGACGCCGGCCUGACCCGACGGCCCCGCCCGCGCCUAGUGCUCAUGUCGCUGUUUUUCAAGUUCAGGAGCAACAGGACGGGAGCCGGCGCGGGAGCCGCGCCGUGCGGCAUGGAGGCCGGCGUCGCGGCCGCGCCCGCCCGCCGCGCGCCGCCGCCCGAGCGCUCCCCGGCUCGCUCCGGCCUGCACGUCAACUUCAGCGACAAGGGCGAGGUGAAGGAGCGGCGUGAGAAGUUCCUGACAGCCAAAUAUGGCUCCCACCAGAUGGCGCUGAUCCGCAAGCGGCUCGCCGUCGAGAUGUGGCUCUACGACGAGUUGCAGAAGCUCUACGAUGUGCCGAAGGAGACAGCGGCGGCGGCGGGCGCCGCGGAGGUGGAGGUGGACGUCGAUGAGCUCCUCGACAUGGACUCGGACGAGCUGCGGCGCGCGCACCUCGCGACGCUAUUAGCAGAUGCCAAAAAGCCCCAAAAAGAUGUACAUAAUUUCAUCAACGAAUUGCUAGAUAAAGCGAAAACUCUGUAGGCUAAGAGAACGGAACCAAAUCUCAUCUCGCUCUUGCCGCGGCCGCUGCAGGCGGGAGUGGACGCGGCAGCGAUGCGGAGGCCCCGCGACGUACCGUAUAGUUAGUAGUUAAGCAUUUUACUGCCGGCCCGGUAUGCCGGACGCUAGUGCAAGCAGGGUACCACCGGUUACAUCGGUCUUGGUGUCCGGUUGACGCCGUAACCAGCAACAUUACUUUAUUGACGCUGUUGACAAUGCUACAUGGAAAGUAAGUUCUAAAAUAUUCUGCGGCAUUCAGAAAUACGCAUUAGAUUUUUAACAUUAGGAUGUGUACGCACAAGCUAAAAAGGGAUGUGGAAAAGUACGGACGGUACACCUUAUUUAACGACGGCGUACCUACCUACAUAUCUGAAAAGCAAACGUGCAUUGCUGAUGUCAGACUUUCUCGAUCGUGUAAAGGUGCAUUUGUGACGUUGUAAAAUGGGAUUGGCAACUGUCAAUGGUUUGCAUAGAUAGCACCAUCAUAGCUUGCCCCUUUUUCUAUGAGAUUUGGCUUAAAGGGCUGGCAUUCAGGGCAUUAAAAAACAAAAAUUUGACUCAAUUCUAGGGCAAGCCAUGCUGGCGCCAUCUGCUAAAUACUUUGACCGGCCAAUCCCAUUGAGCUACGAUUGGAAAAAUUAUGUUUUGUAACACCGUAAAAUUUAACUACUAUGAUUGGCUAACAUAUACAUAUUUACGCCCCCGAAAACAGCAAGUGCAAUCGUAAAAUGUUAAAAUGCUUUAGGUGUUCGAUGGUUUUUGCCAUGUGAAAAAUAUACAGUUAAUACGCGCGUUUUCCCGAAUUACUUACCUUUCGGACUGUGAAGACCGAUGUAACUUGCAGUGGCAGUACUGUACAGUAUUGAAUGGCGAGCGCCCUUGGUGGAGCUGGAGGGUGCUCGUGCGACAUAUCAGCGGACCGCCCCGCCCCGCCCUCUCCUCUCCCCUACAAUACAUCGUGUAUGAUAUUCAAUCUAGGUGUCGCUGUCUAGAUCCGCAAUAGAUUCUUAUCUCAAUUGGCUAUUUUGGGAAAUACACAACUAAUAAAACUUUAAUAAAUAGGGUGUGUAGUAUUUCUUAUACUGUACAAGUUGUACAACCCAAGACGCAAUAGGGAUUGUGCGCGUUGGAGGGUCUGUCAUCUUGUGGCCUGAAUCGGAAACAUAAACAUGUACAUUGCCAAAGCAAGUGCUGCCGUCUACCGUUCUGGGGUUCUGACAGGAUGGCAAGACUACAUCGGAAGCAUCGUCAGAUAAUUUAACCAAAUUGGCCAAUUAAGAUAAUAAAUAGGUAAUACUCAUAGGAUAGUCUAAAUACGAAGGGUCGACUAUACGUAAAUACCGUAUAUGUAGCAUUUAUCUGUCCGUUGUGUAACGAACUUGGUGUGACACUGUGAACCCGUAGCUAAUUUUAAUAUUUUGGUCAGCAUGAUUUCAACAAAAUUUUGCUACAUUUUCGCAGGGCAAUGGCAAGAUUUUGAUACUUGUCUUGUCUUGGCGAGCAAUCCACGGGUUUAAUCCUAGUUUUUCGAGGGAGACCAUAAUGGCUAUUAUUACUUUUUCACAUCACCUAUUCGAAAAAGGGCUUUUUCUUCCCCGCUAGGAGGGAUCAAAGUGGUACUUUUCUUCCCUGCUAGGACGGAUCAAAAGUUGGACACGAUUUUUUUCUUUCUUGCAUACUAUUUUUUUUGGUCAAAUAAUACAUAUUUUGGAACAUAACAAUUUCCUCGGUGUUGUUUCCUUCCUAGUUGAUGUGCAGUAUGUGUCACACGGUAUCAAAAUUAUUUCGUCUUGGGCGUUAACACUUGAAUCCCUCAUUACGCUAAGAAUUCUGAUCCCUUGUAAUACAAACUACUAUUUCUAUUACGCUGCAAUAUUACUAUUCGCUGCUGGCCAAACUACCAAACUUAAUACUAGAUUGGGCGGUAAUUGAAAUAACAUAGCAAUCACAGGGUGCUUAACCAACGUGCCUGCUCGCUAACGCUCCGUAACAUUACGUAGUCAUCUCUCUCUAUCACUCUUCCAUAUUAGUCCUCCUAGCCUAGUCGGUAGUGACCCUGCCUACGAAGCAGGAGGUCCCGGGUUCGAAUCCUGGUAAGGGCAUUUAUUUGUGUUUAUUACAAAUAUUUGUUCCCGAGUUAUGGAUGUUUUCUAUGUAUGUAUAUAAGUAUUUAUAUAUAAUUGUAUACAUCGUCGUCUAGUACCCACAACACAAGCCUUAUUGAGCUUACCGUGGGACUAGUUUGAUCUGUGUAAAAUUGUCCUAAAUAUUUAUUUAUCUAUUAGUGCGACAGUAACAGUUUCGUUCGCUAUUACGGAGCUUUAACGAUUGGCACGUUGGCUACGCACUCAAGGGUCUCCAAAGUACGACCCACCAGCGAGAGCGAAAACCUGGACCUCGACUGCAGCAGCACCCCUAAAAGCUAAGUUUCGGCCCGCAUUAGGUACUUUAUCUAAAGCAAUAUGGCCCUCGUGUCAAAAAGUUUGGAGAUCCCUAAACUAAAUGUAAGUUUUAGGGCGGGGUUGGUGGCUCGUGUAAUGACCUCUAGUGCUGUAGUGGCGAGCCGAGUUCUUGCUAUUGUGUCCUCGUAUUGUUAAUAUUUUGUAAAGGGUGGCGCGCGUCACGGCCGGACCCCCCGACAACCGGGGGCCAUUACUAGACGGGUGAGGCGGUUUCAAAUCAUCUUUGCGUCGAGUUUUGUAACCCGUUACUGCAUAAUCCAGCCGGCCUAGCCAACGUGACAAUCGCUAUAGCUUCGACAACGAAACGCUUUUGUGUCUCUCUAUCACUCUUUCAUAUUAGUGCGACAGUGACAGUUGCGUUUCGAUCGCUACGAAGCGUAAGCGAUUGGCAUGUUGGCUACGCGGCCUGGGCCUUACAGCGUUAUCUACACAUCAGCUGUCAUAUUCGAGGCACGAAUUAUUCUUUGAGUUUAAACCUCUUGUACAAUUAGUUACUUUUUGGCACGACUUUAUUGUUAAAAAAGCAAAUUAAUGCAUACUGUAAAGAUAAUUUUAAACACCUCGUCCGUUUAGCUACUCCUGCUGUUGACUGUACAAUACCUACUGUUUCGAGUAUCGGGCAUUUUUGUGCCCUGUGCCUAUACGCCUACCUUGUAGAACCACCCCACACUAGCGUCCCUUUGAGCGUCGACGUCUGUUCAGCGCUAUGGAAAGUUGCGCCAACGCCAACGUUGCGUCGAGCAGCAGCCAAGAGUUGACUAGCCGCCGACGCUCUAGAGGACACGUCACGUGUGGGAUGGUGACAGUGACAGGUGCGAGUGAGGUGAGGGGGCGGCAGCAGCACAGCCCCGCCCGGCCGCGGCGCGCCGAACCGUCGCUGAUAGACUUUUGUAAUAAAUCGAUUUA